GGGCACGGUAUUCAUUCCCAACGUUACACAACUUUACUCUUCACGUGCAUGAUUACAAAACAAAAACUUUACUGUUGAUCGAACUUGAGCAGCACGGUGACACGAAGAAAUAUGAAGUCUACAAACUUCGUUAUAGUAUUGCUAUCGGCUUGUAUAUCCUGUGCCUUAUCAAGUGUUUUGAAAUACAUCCCUAGAGCACAAUGGCCCCCUAAAUUCUGCAAUAAGUUGGAUUGUCCGCGAUACUCGGUUUUGGAGACCAACAAGGACUAUGAGCUGCGUCUGUACAGUGCUUCUGGCUGGGUGUCGACAAACACGGCAGGGGUAGACUACCGGAAGGCAUCGUACACAAACUUCAUGAGGCUGUUUCGUUAUAUAAAUGGCACAAAUGCUAAAAGUCAGAAGAUUGCCAUGACAGCACCUGUUUUGAUGAUGAUCAUGCCUGGUCAGGGUCCAGCCUGUGAGGAUAACUUCACCAUGUCAUUCUUCAUGUCCCCAAAAGUUAAAAAUCCACCAGCUCCCUCCCAAAAGGAAGUCUUUCUGGAUAAAAUGUCUCAGAUGAAAGUCUAUGUGAGGUCUUUCCCCGGUUACGUAACCAACAUUAAGGACUGGUUAAAGGAAGCCAUGAAGCUUGCCGAGGCGAUCGGAGACUCCAGUAAAUACCACACAAGUUUCUCGUACACUGCCGGAUACAACAGUCCAUACCAGAUCUUCAACCGACACAACGAAAUCUGGUUCAUUGCGAAAUAGGAUGUUGACCUAUGUACGAAAUCUGGUUCAUUGCUAAGUAGCAUGUUAAAAGACACAACGAAAUCUGGUUCUUUUAGCAACAAUCAUUGAUAAGUAACAUGUUUUAUUUACUACAGCAAAAGUGAUAUGUGUGUGUGUGUUGGUUUUUUUUUUGGGGGGGGGGGGGAGGGGGUGGCCUGAAUUUCUAUAUAAGUAAAAGGAAGUUACUCCAUCAAGUACAUUCAGUGUACCAUAGUACCUUAAUUGUUACAGUGAACUACUCUGUGUUUCUUCAUUAAAAGAGCAGGACAAUUUUAGAGAAGAGAAAGCUCGAUUUUAUUAUAUGUGCUAAAAAAAACUAUUAUGCAUUUUAGUGGUAGUUGAUCUGAAUCAUCUGGACCAUGUGAAACCACCUGUAAAGAUCUGGCAAAACGCUUAACAUUAAGCUGAUAAUCAUUAGUAUUAUCGUCCUGAAGAUCCAUCCUUUUGGUUUACGUUGUAUAUUUUAACGAGAUCCCUUACAGACAAUUAAAACCUUGUUUUUGAAUAUCCCAUAACUUGUACUAUUAUAUAACAUAUAUCUUAACCCAGUUUUACAAAGGUUAGUUAACUUUAACUAACAGUUAUUUGUUAUUAACUCUUACAUUCACAGUGAUAACUAGACAUUAACUGUCAGUUAAACUUAACUGACCUUCAGGUCUUGGUCACUAGUGAUUAGAGUUUGUCUGAAUUAGAAGGUAGUUAUCAAUAUGAAACCUAUUUUAGUGAGCUACAGUCAGACUUGCAGGAAACUUGAGCAUGUUAAGUAAGGAUAUUUUGGACAUAAUCAUAAGGAAGUGAAAACCAUUUCCCACCAUUAAUUACUAUGACAGGUCUGUGUGGAGACGGAUGUCUCCAGGAACUCCCAAUUCAGGCAAGUUUUACUUGUCACUGUAUGUACCAUCCACCAAAUGACUGGUCUCAAAAAUGCAUUUAUUUUAUUAAACACAUUGAUGUAUAUGACUUGUUUAAAUAUAACAUUCCUUUUGCUUGUUCUCGGCAUUUUGUUACAUUUUCAAUAGCAUGUAGUGUAAAACGCUUAAACUUAAUAUCUGUAGCAAGCUUUAUUAGUUCAAUUUAUGUAAUGGAGUUCAUUGUCCUUUGCAUUCAUGCCACAGUAUGAGAAAAGUUGGUGUUUUGCUUGAGGAAUUGUACCUUCAAUCCUGGAUGGGCAGUUCCUGUACAUGCUCCAAGAAUUUGAUUCAACAUUAGUGCAUUUGUUUGAGAUUUAAGAUAUCCUAGAGUUACACAAUAUAAUCAAAACAUGUAAAUGAUCAAAAGCCUGUGUUGUGUUUCCCUGUGUGGUGUUGUUAUCUGUUGGAGCAGUGUGUAUUGUUUACAGUUGUACGAGUUUAGAUCUGUAAAAUAAAAAAGGCAUAAUUCUAUCCUGAGAUUACUGUGAUAUUUAUUUCCUCAAUGUCAUUGUUUCUCAUGUAAAGUUCUUUGUGUUCGAAUUUUUUUGUGUGUCAUUAGAGGUUUUUUUUAAAACAAAUAUUGACUUUUGUAAUCUUUUUGAUACACAGAUUUACAAUUGUAUGUUUUUCAAUAUGUAAAUAAAAAUAUGGUAUAUGAU